AUGCAACGCCUGUGUGAUGAAGUCAUCGAGUUGAUCUUUUACGAGCUCGACGACCCGACCGCCUUGACGCUUACUUCCAAACACUUUCACAAUGUGUCCCAAGACCCCUACGUCCGAGCCCACUACUUUCUUAACCGUUAUGGUCGCAUGGACGCUAUGUUUUGGGCUUUAGGGAGAGGGAAGAUUAUGACUGACAAAGUCAUCGACAUCCUAAUCAGUAGUGGUGCAUAUGUAUCCAGAUAUCUUGUCCAAGUCGCCAUACACCAUUAUUUCAGGUCUGCAAACCAUUUCAUAAAGACCGCAUGGGUUCGCAACAUGUCGAUUCCCGUUUUCGCUCAUUUCAUGAAGGUCGCUUGCGGGUUAUUCGAUGAAGUGCCGUUGGGGAAGAACGAGGAUGAUGGUUAUUUCUUCUCUGUGUUUUUGAAGGAGAGUAGGCUUCCGCCAGAUAUGAAGAGCACAAAGUGGGAGACGGUGCGAGAUAUAUUUGGCAAGUAUAAGGACCCACUUAUGGUGCAAUUGCCGAUCGCUCUCGCUAUUGAGCCAAGAUUACUUCCCUACGCUGAAGCCAAUGGAUUCCAUAUGGACACCAAGUACCGCGACUUCGUCUUCCGUAAGAUGUUUGAGAAAAUGGCGCUUAAUAACGGUGAACGCUCCGAUGACAUUCUCAGAAACGUGCGAGAGCUGCGACGUCUUGACAGUAGGAUGUUCCUGAGUCGCACAGUAGCAGCUGAAAUCUGCAUGGAAUCGAAGAGUAAUGAGUCGGCUUACCGUGCACUCAAGAUCCUCGACCGUACCAAGGAACUCCUAUUCGACCUCUCCACUCUAUUUGUGAAGACACGCUCCAUCACUUCCGCUUAUACCAUCAACGUUCUCAGACAUCUAUUCGCCGAUUUCCCUAGUACAGACCCAACAGUCCGCAUCGUCAUGCUCCUGACAGCGUGCUUGUCGGAUAACGUCCUGGUCCAGCCAAACCCCUCAGGCACAUUGAAGAGCAAACUGGAACCUCUGGGUCUGCUCCCACUGACGAGGAAGGAUAUUGUGGACAUCUUGACAAAUCCAUUCGUUGAGAAGCAUUCAGCCCUCGUUGACUUCGCGAAGGAUGAGAUGAAUCUCAGUUCGAACGAUAUCAAAGACAUUCUUCAAGAAGUUGCUGUGAAAUGCCUCAGGAUUGGCAGUAAGGGGAAGACACUCAAGAAACUAGUUGACUGCCAUCAUUAUCUUCAGGCAGUAUUGCAAGAAAAUGCGGUUCAGCGAUAUGCGAUAAACUUGGACGAUCUUCCUCCGUAUGACGAUGAAGAAGCAUGUGCUGCGUACGAAGCUCCACUAUGUAGAGAUUUCAACACCAGCUCGAAGGCAACACGGAAUCACUCUGGGACUGCUAGCGUAAAUACCGCAGCUCCGAACGCUUUGGGGGGUCCUGCAGAAAUGGGGGACGCAAUUGCUAUAGAUGAUCGUGAGAUGGAUGAGGACGAAAGUGGCAAUGAAGGAACUGUUGAAAUCGAAACUGGAGACACGUCAGAAUUGGGGAUAAUCGGCCAAGAUACUUUGUCCUCUAUGAUUCGACAGGACGAAAUGGCUCCCACACGUUCUCGCAGACGGUCUCUCUAUUUCAGCUACUUUGGACCUGACACCACUGGAAAGCUCGGGUACCCAAUAGCAAUGGACGCUCAGCAGCGCACCGCAGAUUUUAUUCAAGUUGGUCGAUGGGUCAAAGAACGAUAUCCUGUCCGAAGUGCGAUGGCUGCUACGUUUCUGACACACGCCGUGAUCAACAACAAUACUACUCUUCUCCAUGGAUUUUUCACAUGCAAUACCCCCUCAACUAACUAUGUAUCAACAUCACAACAUGUACCAGUAACACUCAAGCAUUUCAGGCUACUUGCACGUCUCGGUAAAGCGCCAAACUGGUGUCUUUACCAUGAGAUUGAGAACGGCGCCGAGUUCUACUUUUCUGAAGAAGACUAUCUUUCGAAGCAACCACCAGCGACGGAACCCAAGCGAUGUAGCAAGGUGAAGGUGAAGUCGAAAGAGACUAGCCCCAGCAUCCCUCGUUUCUCCACUCAGGCCGGCCCGUCAAAGGUUCAAGUUUCUCCACGAGCCAGUAAACGAAGACCGCGGCGCUCGGCGGCGGCUGUCAUGUCUUAUGUCAUCCCAGAUUCUGAUGAUGAGGCUAUUGUUGAGGAUGACGACGACAAUGCUGUAGUUGUCCUCAUGACAAUGCAAGCAAAGAAGCGGAAGGUAGAGUCCAAUCUACAACGGUGGAUCAAGCAUCUGUCAGUGUUGCUGGCCGAGGAGCAGAAAAAAUACAAGGAAAAACGAAAGCGUCUCGAGAAAAGUGGGCCUUCUGAUGGAAGACGUCGCGUCGCGAAGAGCGAGUUUCAUAAAUCAUUGAUGGUCAAUCUUCGCUCUCUACGGAAACUCGACCUAGAUAAGCGGAAACAACUGUACGGUCCAGACGCAGCAGAAGAUGAUUACUUUACCGAAGAUGAUGGUGACGACGAGUAUCGGCAACGGACAACGCGCGCUACAAAGAGGCGUCGUGUGACCUCGUAA